AUGGCGGCGCAGUGCGACCCGCUGAGCGGGUACCUGCCCCAGCCGCUCUCCGACCCGGGCUCCAACAGCGAGCGCAGCGCCGACUCGCCCGCGCCCGGCUCCGAGGAGGACUCGGCCGGGCCGCCGCGGCCCCUGCAUAGCCCCGAGUGGGGCGAGGAGCGAUUCCGGGUGGACAGGAAGAAACUGGAGGCCAUGCUCCAAGCUGCUGCAGAGGGCAAAGGGAAAAGUGGGGAAGACUUUUUUCAGAAGAUUAUGGAAGAAACAAAUACACAGAUUGCUUGGCCAUCAAAGUUGAAGAUUGGAGCUAAAUCGAAAAAAGAUCCCCAUAUUAAAGUUUCUGGAAAAAAAGAAAACGUUAAGGAAGCAAAAGAGAAAAUCAUGUCUGUCUUGGACACAAAAAGCAAUCGGGUAACCUUGAAGAUGGAUGUUUCACAUACAGAACAUUCUCAUGUGAUAGGUAAAGGUGGCAAUAAUAUUAAAAAAGUGAUGGAGGAAACGGGAUGCCAUAUCCAUUUUCCAGACUCAAAUAGGAACAAUCAAGCAGAGAAAAGCAACCAAGUGUCUAUUGCAGGACAGCCAGCUGGAGUGGAGUCUGCAAGAGUCAGAAUUCGGGAGCUGCUUCCAUUGGUACUCAUGUUUGAAUUGCCUAUUGCUGGAAUUCUCCAACCCAUCCCAGAUCCUAAUUCUCCAACCAUUCAGCACGUGUGUCAGACGUACAACAUUUCAGUUUCCUUCAAGCAACGCUCUCGAAUGUAUGGUGCUACAGUCAUUGUCAGAGGGUCACAAAACAACACUAGUGCUGUGAAGGAAGGAACAGCCAUGCUGUUGGAACACCUGGCUGGGAGCCUGGCCUCUGCAAUCCCUGUGAGCACGCAGCUGGACAUCGCAGCGCAGCAUCAUCUCUUUAUGAUGGGCCGCAACGGCAGCAACAUCAAACAUAUCAUGCAGAGGACUGGUGCUCAGAUCCACUUCCCUGACCCCAGUAACCCACAGAAGAAAUCCACUGUCUACCUCCAGGGCACAAUUGAGUCUGUCUGUCUUGCCAGGCAAUAUCUCAUGGGUUGCCUUCCCCUUGUGCUCAUGUUUGAUAUGAAGGAAGAAAUUGAAGUAGAACCACAGUUUAUAACACAGCUAAUGGAGCAGUUAGAUGUCUUCAUAAGCAUUAAGCCUAAGCCAAAACAACCAAGCAAGUCUGUGAUUGUAAAAAGUGUUGAACGAAAUGCCUUAAAUAUGUACGAGGCACGGAAAUGUCUCUUGGGACUUGAAAGUAGCGGAGUCACCGUAGUAUCAAAUCCCUCUACUGUCUCCUGCCCUGUUGGUCUGUCUUGUCCUGGUUUGGAUAUUUUGUCCUCAGCAGGACUAGGACUCACUGGGCUUGGCCUUUUAGGUCCAACAGCCCUGUCAGUCAACACCUCAACUACUCCAAACUCUCUGUUGAAUGCCCUUAAUAGCUCUGUGAGCCCUCUGCAGAGUCCAAGUUCAGGCACGCCCAGUCCCACACUGUGGGCAACAUCUCUCACUAACACAAACACCACAGGUUUUUCUGCUAUUCCUCACCUAAUGAUACCAUCUACUGCCCAAGCAACCUUAACUAGUAUUCUGCUGUCUGGAGUGCCUAAUUAUGGUCAAAACACUCCUUCUCCACCACCAGGCUUGACUCCUGUUGAAGUCCACGUUAAUGGCAUGCAAUCAGAAAGUAAAAAAGGUUCACCUUCUUUAAAUGGUCACGUGAAGGCCUCAAAUAUUAAGUAUGCUGCACUGUCUGCCACAUCGCUGGGAGAAAACGUGUUGAGCACAAACCACAGUGAUGGGGUAAGGCAAACAAGUGCUCAUGGUGCCUCAGAACAAGUGGCUGCCAAGGCAAAUAGCGAAGAAGGUUGCAAUGAUGCUUUUGUGGAGGUGGGCAUGCCCCGGAGUCCGUCGCACUCAGCCAACACCAGUGACCUGAAGCAGAUGAUGAGCUCUGCCAAGCAGGCCUGUGCCAAGAGACAAACGGUGGAAUUGCUGCAAGGCACCAAAAACUCCCACUUACACACCACGGACAGGCUGCUGGCCGAGGCCGAGCUGGGCGCCCCCGAGGGCCCCGUGGCUGACAAGAAGGCCCCGGGCAGCGAGCGGGCGGCCGAGCGGGCGGCGGCGGCCCAGCAGAACUCCGAGAGAGCGCGCCUGGCCCCGCAGCCCUCCUUUGUCAACAUGCAGGCAUUUGACUAUGAGCAGAAGAAACUACUAGCAACCAAAGCUAUGUUAAAGAAGCCAGUUGUAACAGAAGUGAGAACUCCAACAAAUACAUGGAGUGGUUUGGGGUUCUCUAAAUCAAUGCCUGCAGAAACUAUCAAGGAACUAAGAAGAGCAAAUCAUGUAUCAUACAAGCCUUCCAUGACAACCACAUAUGAGGGCUCAUCCAUGUCUCUGUCCCGGUCCAGCAGUCGGGAGCACCUGGGGAGUGGCAGUGAAUCUGAUAACUGGAGAGACCGGAACGGCCUCGGACCCACUGCUCACGAUUUUGUCUCCUCAAUUGGCAGCCCCAAGCGGAAACAAAACAAAUCAGCUGAACACUAUCUCAGUAGCAGUAACUACAUGGACUGCAUUUCCUCGCUGACAGGAAGCAAUGGCUGUAGCCUCAACAGUUUGUUCAAGGGAUCUGAUCUACCUGAGCUCUUCAGCAAGCUUGGUUUGGGCAAAUACACAGAUGUAUUCCAGCAGCAAGAGAUUGAUCUGCAGACAUUCCUCACUCUUACUGAUCAAGAUUUGAAAGAGUUGGGAAUUACCACUUUUGGUGCCAGAAGAAAAAUGCUGCUUGCAAUCUCAGAACUGAACAAAAACCGAAGGAAGCUCUUUGACCCAUCCAACAUCCGCGCCUCGUUCCUGGAAGGUGGAGCCAGUGGGAGACUGCCGCGCCAGUAUCACUCGGACAUUGCCAGCGUCAGCGGGCGCUGGUAGCAGGAGGCUGGGCUCAGAAAGCAGCUGGAAAGAUGGACAUGGCAAUCCUGUGGACAGCCUUCACUGCACACCACCCUCUGCACUUUGGGAGAUUGGGUGUCAAGGACCAAAGCAAAGUUUUGUCUGCACAAUACUGUGCCAAAAAAUCGGAGAGAACACGUUUUGUCAGUUGUCUUUCGAAACACCAAAUGUGGGUUACGUUUUACUCAUGUAGAUUGGACAGAAUUUGCAAUAAUAAUAAUAUAGGGUUCUUUUUUUAGUAUUUUAUUACCUAUAACUAUAAUGUAUGCACUGAAUUUUGUACUUUGUUGAAUGAAGGAGGAAUGAAGA